AACCUUCUUCACAAGAAGUACAAGAAACCAAAAAAAAAACACAAAACUAAAACACUUUAAACUCCUUUUUUGUGUGUGAUCCCAAAACCUAAGCUUUGAAUAUACAACAAUGAAGUGCUUUACCACAAUUGCUUUCUUGGUCUGCCUUGCCGUAGUCUCUGCCGAACCUCCAGCAAAUAACUAUUUGCCACCCAAUCAACAGCAACAACCCUCCAACAACUACUUGCCACCCCAGAACUCGUAUCAGGCCCCCAACAGUAAUUAUUUGCCCCCUCAACGUGGUGGUGGUGCCCCUGGUGGUGGUGUUGCUGCUCCCUCAAAUAGUUAUGGUGCUCCCGCUCUAACCUCAGCCAUUUUCCCCAAACAAGGUGCUGGUGCUCCCUCAUCUGCCUAUGGUGCUCCUGCUGCUGGAGGUUAUGGACAAAAUGCCGGCGGUUAUGGUGGUGCUGAAGAAAAUUACGGUCCUGCCAAAUACGAAUUCAAAUAUGACGUUCAAGAUUAUGAAUCGGGCAAUGAUUUCGGUCAUAUGGAGGCUCGUGAUGGUGAUUUCACUACUGGCCGUUACUAUGUUUUGUUGCCCGAUGGUCGUAAACAAAUCGUGGAAUACGAAGCCGAUCAAAAUGGUUAUCGUCCCUCGAUUCGUUAUGAACAGGUCAAUGGUGGUCAACAGGGUGCCGGUGGACGUGGUGGCAAUUACAAUAACGGUGGUUACGAUAGCAAUGCACAACAACAACAAGGCAAAUUUGGUGGUUAUCAAUAAGGCUCAAAAAAAACUCGAAACAAACUAGGCUU